GAGAGAGAGAGCAAAUAGGCUCGUAGGUGCCUUCUUACUCCAACCAUUUAGUCUUCUUCUUGUGUCAAAGAUGCAGGUUGUUAGUGGUGGACAGUCACUUUGGAUAUACACUCUGCUAUUUACUUCUCUACAACUCUGGGGAAGACUAUCAGCUUCCACUUCCUCUCCCAAUCUUCCGGCACCUGAACUUAGAAUUAAUUUAAGGUCAAAGGACUGGGUGGUUCUGGUCUGCCGGGCCCCAGAAGGCCACCAUGGGGUUUUGUUCAUGUUGUACCAAAGCAGAGAGCAGGUGGACGCUCAGGAGCAGCAGUCUGGUGCUGAGGAGGUCCAGUUCACUGUGAGGUUAAAGGAAACUGGUUCAGACCAAGCUGAACUCUAUUGCUGUCUGUACAAGAACCGGGAUGGUUGUUACAGUGCGUUUAGUCCCUAUUUGCAGCUGGACCUGCAAAAAGUUGCUGCAUCUGCUCCCUCCAUACCCUCUUUCCCUCCUCCCGUCUUGUCUGUGCAGCCCUCCACUGGUGUGGUAAAACGAGGUGACAUGCUAUCCUUCAGCUGCUCGGUCCCCCCCCUGGGGUCCCAGUCUCAGCCCCAGUUAAGCUAUAAGAACAAACCAGUGACCUUCCUUUUGCUGAGGACUGCUGAGCGAACAGGGGCAACAUCUAUUAUCCUGCAACCUAAAGCCAAUCUGUUAUCGGACCCUAAACCCCAGCCGGGAGUCUUCACUGUGGGGCCAGUGACGGGAGGAGAGGAGGGCGGGUACACCUGCAUUUACCAGAUCACCAAAAAAAGGGGAUUGAUUAAUUCAACUGUCAGCAACAUGGUUCAAAUCACAAUUAUAGACACGUUACCAGUGCCCACCCUUGUUCUCCAGCAGCAGACAGAAGUGUGGCAUUUGCUCUGCACAGGGUCUCCUGCGUACCCUGGCGCCAUGUUCUUCCUCUACCUGGCUGACAAUGAAUUUCCUGUUGCCACUCACCUGACCACCUUAAUCCACCAUCAGGCUACCUUCUCAGUACCUGUCCAGGACACUCCAAUGGCUUUGUAUCAAUGCCAGUACAGUGUCCUCCUGGGAAGGAAAUGGAGCAACUCUGAGCGGAGUCUUCCUUUGGCUGUAACUAGAGGAAUCCCCCCUCCAUCAUCACCAGGUGUGUCUGGUGUAGACUGGCCUCUUGUACUGGGCUCUUUCUCCACUGUGGUUUUGUUCCUCUGUUCAGUUGCAGUCAUAGCUGUGGUGGCACACAGGAAAGUAAAAGCAACGGCGGAGGAAAAGAAAAAAAGACAAGAAGCACAGUUCUGGACUCAAGUUCAUUCUAAGGACCAUGUUGUGGACCUUACACUCAGGCGCACAAGCUUCACCUCUCAGGAGUGGGCCAGUGUGGACACAAAUACAGAGACGCUCUCCAGAUCCCCUUUAUGGAACUCGCUCUCCACAUUCACAACCCCGAUCCAUCCGAUCCAUUAGAAAUGCUUGUUCUUUCUCUCUCUCUCUCU